GGACGAGUUGUUACACAACGAUACAUAAGAAGGGGUUCUCUUCUCAAUUUUUCUGCUUCUACGAACUCUGCUAGGUACUGGGUACUAGCCCAUCUGGUUCUGAGUCUUCCGACCGAUCCAAGGUUCAUUUUUUCGAUGAUUUGAUGAUUCGUCGAUCAUCCACCGUCAAGGAUAAACCAAUAAACCCUUUCGGUCUCCUUUCAAAACCCUUCUCUGUACUCUUUAGUAGCAGAGGAGACGAGAUAGAUUGACAGGACUCUCACUGCCUCACGUGGUUUUGAAUACUGGAAUUGAGACGCAUUGGAGUUUCUUAACAUAUAUACCACCUCAAUGUGUAUCAGCACAGUCAUUGUUGAGAGUUGAGACUAAAAUAAUAAAGGGCCUUGACUUGCAUGAGGGAAAAAAAGAAGGACAACUCAUAUGCCAUGCCAGUCUGUUGCUUAGGUGGGAAGGGUUUCUGACAAAGAGAAUAGAAGUAGUCUAUUAGACGCAUUGGCCUUUAACAGCUGAGUUAGUUUCAACGGGAAUAUGUAUCUGUAGGGAAAACGGACAGCAGAUUGUGUAAUUCUCUCACCGAUGAUGGCUCCUCCAAAGAAAUCAAAGAAAACCAAAAAGAAAUCGCUAACUUCGAAGAAAUGCAAAAGCAUAAAUGUAGUUCCUCUAGAGCCCAAAGCCAUUGAAUCUGACUGGUGGGAGAGUUUCUGGCAUAAAAACUCAAGUGCAGAAAUUGCAGGUUCAACUGUUCCCAGUGAUGAGGGAGAAGCAUUCAAAUAUUUCUUCAGGGUAUCAAGGAAGACAUUCGACUAUAUCUGUUACCUUGUCCAUCAAGAUCUUGUGUCAAGGCCUCCAUCAGGUCUUAUCAACAUUGAGGGAAGGCUUCUAAGCGUUGAAAAGCAAGUUGGAAUUGCCCUGAGAAGGUUGGCUUCUGGAGAGUCCCAAGUAUCAGUAGGGUGGGCCUUUGGGGUUGGGCAAUCCACAGUAUCUCAGGUAACUUGGAGAUUCAUAGAGGCCAUGGAGGAACGGGCCAAGCACCAUCUCAAGUGGCCCAGCCCUGAUCGAAUAGAGGAAAUCAAAUCCAAGUUUGAAUCAGCUUUUGGAUUGCCAAACUGCUGUGGAGCUAUCGAUGCUACCCACAUCGUCAUGACCCUACCAGCUGUUGAGACCUCAAGUGACUGGUCCGAUCGUGCAAACAACUACAGCAUGUUCCUGCAGGGCAUUGUAGAUGAAGAGAUGAGAUUCCUUGAUAUUGUGACUGGUUGGCCUGGGGGCAUGACAUUCUCGCGGCUCUUAAAGUGUUCUGGGUUCUUCAAACUCUGCGAGAAUCAGCAGCGUCUUAAUGGACAGGUGAAAAUGUUAUCCAAUGGAGCUGAAAUCAGAGAAUUCAUAGUAGGUGGGGCUGCGUACCCACUUCUUUCCUGGCUCAUCACUCCGUAUGGGAGUAAUGACCUCACAAGUUCCAUGGGUGAUUUCAAUGAACAACAUAAGGCGGCAAUGUUACUAGCAGCGAAGGCUUUCUCACAGUUGAAGGGUGCUUGGAGAAUCCUUCACAAGAUUAUGUGGAGACCUGACAAGUGCAAAUUGCCCAGUAUUAUCUUGGUAUGCUGUUUGCUCCACAAUAUUAUUAUUGACCGUGGGGAUAUACUACAAUCAGAUGUGCCUUUAUUUGAUCACCAUGACUUCGGUUAUGGAGAGGAAACCUGUCAACAAGUUGACCCGCAGGGUAAAAUUAUGAGAACAAACCUAACAAAACAUUUGCAGAAUUGCAAAAAGUAGCAUUCCUCAAAUUGAUUUAGUAUGUUUCUCGUGGCGCAAA